AUGAGAGCAACUCAGAACAAGAUUAUCGUGGUCGAAAAAGUGGGUGUUGGUCGGGUGGCAGGAGACUCCGCGGGGGAACGGUGUUCUGUGCACGAGGUUGGUCAUACCCUUGGACUUCACCACACAAUGAAACGAUUUGAUCGCGAUAGUUAUAUUCAACUUGUUAUGCGCAAAAUAAACCCGAUUUUACUCGACGACUUCGCCAAAGUGAAUCCGACAUACGUCGAGGUGUAUGGACUAACUUACGACUACGGCAGUCCACCAGGAUGUGGAGAAGAUCUCGAGGCAACGAGCAAGAAACGAUCGCUUGUCUACAGCCUAAUUUUUGGAACCACUCUCAGAGAUCAGUUCGAUUUUUGCAAUUAA